AUGGACCAAAAACUGUCAAAGGACGAGACUGCCCGCUACAGUCGACAGAUGCUCUGUCCUGAAAUCGGCAAGCGUGGUCAGUUGAAGCUGAAGAGCAGUUCGGUGCUGAUCGUCGGUGCCGGCGGUCUCGGCUGUCCGUCUUCCCUCUACCUGACAGCCGCUGGCAUCGGUCGCCUGGGCAUCAUCGACAGCGAUGUGGUGGAGACGAGCAACCUCCACCGACAGGUGCUUCACUCGGAGGGCACCCGAGGGGCGGCCAAGGUGGACUCUGCCGUGGAGCGACUGCAACAGCUCAACUCUAAUGUUGCCUUUGAGAAGCACCCGGUGCGACUGACGCGUGCCAAUGCACUGGACAUCAUCAGGAACUACGACAUUGUCGUCGAUGGCACUGACAAUCCGAUGGCCCGGUACUUGCUCAGUGACGCCUGCGUCCUCCUGAAGAAGCCACUGGUCAGUGGCUCGGCGCUGCGCUUCGAAGGGCAGAUCACGGUGUACAACUACGACCAGGAUACGCCCUGCUACCGCUGUGUUUUUCCCGAGCCGCCACCAGCCGGAACGGUAACCAACUGUGCCGACGGUGGCGUACUGGGCGUAGUGCCCGGCAUCAUCGGCAAUCUGCAGGCUAUUGAGGCGAUCAAGAUUGCCGCCGGCAUAGCGCCAGCCUACGCCGGUGUUCUACUGCUCUACGACGGUCUCAGUGGAAAGUUCCGCCAUGUUCAGCUGCGAAAGCGCAAGGAUGACUGCAUUAGCUGUGGAAAGACUCCCUCCAUCACCACUGACCUGAUUGACUACGAGGCAUUCUGCGGCGUCACCUGUGCCCCUCCGGUGAAGAUUCUCGCUCCUGAAGAGCGCGUCACCGUGCAGGAGUACAGCAGUGUGCUGCAGUCCAAGCAGAAGCACAUUCUCAUUGACGUCCGACCGCAGCUGCAGCAGGACAUUAUCAAACUGGACAAUGCUGUUUCCAUUCCACUGGCGCGUAUCGUCAAGGAGGAUGGAGUGCAGAUGGUCCAGGAUCUAAUUGACAAGACCUUCACUGAGCCCUCUGAGCCAAAGAAAGUCUUUGUGAUGUGUCGUCGAGGUAAUGCCUCGCAGAAGGCCACACGGGAGCUGAAGAACCGUCUCGAGGAGGAGAAUGUUGAAAUUAAGGACAUCAUUGGUGGCAUCGAACAGUGGUCUACUGAUGUUGAUCCCGAGCUGCCUAUGUACUAA